AGUGGAUUCACGGCAGCUGCCUGGGUAACGUCCUGCCGGUUCGUUCUGCAAGAUUUUUGGCAUUUUGUGCAGUGUUUGCGGGUCAGAUUUUUUUUUAUUUUAUGAGAUUUUUUCCGCGGUGCGGUUAUCGAAAGGUGUCGGUGAAAAAAAGUGGUUUCCUCGACGCGAUUUGCGGUGCAAAGAGAUUUUGGAGUUUUUGCCGCAUUGUGGUGUCACGAUAAUCACCCUUGAGCUGUUUGUUGAUCACUUACCAGCUGUCUCUUCCCAUGCCAGUUCUUCUUCUGUAUUUUCCACCAUGCCUUUUCCCCAUAUCAUUAAAUCCCCAAAACCUAUAAUUUCAUUCGUUUUCGUAGGCGUAGAAUUGAACUGGCAACAGUGGAUUUUCAAAUUAUCCUGUAUUUCCUCUUUUUACCUGUAGUUUUCAUCACCGUAGGACAUGGCGUGAUGUCAACUGCGAAACGGCUCGUCUUGAGCUGGCGGGGAGGUAGAAAACAAUCUCACGAUAGUUCAUCAGGACGUUUGGUGGGUCAUCGCGUCGGACCUAUUCACGACUCCCACGAAUUGGAUGAGAUUGCUGUGGUGUCUAAUGCUGAACAAGGGCACAUUAAGUAUGGCAGCGGUACGACGUUGUCGACUAUCAACGGCCCGAGAUUGGUACCAGGUAUCAUUACAUCAGGUGGAUGUAUGGUGGGAGAACGGUUAAGCAGUAGUGGUUCCAGAUUAAACAUAGCUUCACCACCUCUCCAAUGUGCUGCUUCACAUGCUGUUUCGCGCAAAACUAGCACAGAAAGCAUUCACAGGGUACUCAAAAGUGUUUCUAGGCAGAGCCUUUUAGAUCUGGUAGGAUGCAAACUGGGCAUGUCUAAGCAACCGCGCGCACACCUGCAACAACCACGUCAGUCCCACCAUUAUCAGCAUCAGCAACACGAAGUUGGCUAUUAUUCGUCGUCGCGCGAUAGUAUCGCUUAUAUCAACCGCGCGGCUAAUGUAAGUUCGGCGGCUAGUGAGCUCGAUUUGUCACGCAAGGCCAGACGAAAGGACUUGCGAAAUCGGUUAAAAUUGCCAUCGAGUGUUGCUCUCGUGAGUUCGGGCGAAGGACCGUUAUUAGGAGCGUGGCGAACUGCUCCUGGUUCCACAGCCGGUACCAAUCCACCUUCAUCAAAUCACCUUAAUAGUAAUAGCAGUUGCAAUGGGACCGAAAGCCGUUACGGAUUUCGACGAGUGGAUUCUUACAGUUCGCGACUAAGAGCUGGAUCGUCGAAUUGGUCUUUCGUUUUUGACCCUGCUGGAAGGCUGUGCUACUAUUGGUCCAUGGUUGUUUCGUUAGCGUUCCUUUACAACUUUUGGGUCAUCAUUUACCGAUUUGCCUUUCGUGAAAUAGACGGUAAUACAAUUUUGGUAUGGUUCUGUUUGGACUACUUCGCGGAUUUUUUAUAUCUGGUAGAUAUCAUGUUCCAUUUCCGGACUGGUUAUCUGGAAGAUGGUGUACUUCAAACCGAUUCGACCAAACUACGACAUCACUAUAUGAAUUCUACCACCUUCUACAUUGACUGUCUGUGCCUCUUACCACUAGAUUUUCUCUACCUCUCCGUAGGAUUCAAUUCGAUUUUACGUUCGUUUCGUUUGGUGAAGAUCUACAGAUUCUGGGCGUUCAUGGACCGUACAGAACGUCACACCAAUUAUCCCAACCUCUUCAGAUCGAGCAGUCUCAUCCACUACCUCCUAGUGAUAUUCCACUGGAACGGCUGUCUGUUUCACAUAAUACUAAAAAAUGACGGUUUUGGUUCUAAAAACUGGGUGUACAGUGAUUCUGAAAGUACAGACUAUGUGAAAGCUUAUUUACAAAGUUACUAUUGGUGUACGUUGGCGUUAACGACUAUCGGGGAUUUACCGAGACCUAGAAAUAAGGGGGAAUAUCUUUUUGUGAUUUUUCAGCUGCUUUUUGGAUUGUUGCUGUUCGCUACAGUAUUGGGUCAUGUAGCUAACAUUGUCACAUCAGUAUCGGCUGCAAGAAAAGAAUUUCAGGGUAACAGUGACCUGUCUAAACUAGAUGGAGUAAAAACAUACAUGCGGAUGCGUAGAGUACCCAAUCACCUUCAAGUCAAAGUAAUAAAAUGGUUUGAUUACUUAUGGCUUACCCAGAAGUGUUCGGACGAGGAGAAGGCUGUUUCUUGUCUUCCGGAUAAACUUAAAGCAGAAAUAGCCAUCAACGUUCAUCUAGACACCUUGAAAAGGGUGGAAAUAUUUCAAAACACUGAAGCUGGAUUCCUGUGUGAAUUGGUGCUGAGGCUAAGGCCGGUUCUGUUUUCGCCUGGCGAUUACAUUUGUAGAAAAGGUGAAGUCGGUAAAGAAAUGUAUAUAGUAAAUCGAGGCAGACUUCAAGUUGUCGCAGAUAACGGUAGGACCGUUUUAGCUACAUUAAAAGCAGGAAGUUAUUUCGGAGAAAUUUCAAUUUUGAAUAUGGGCACGGCAGGUAAACACCUUGGAAACAGAAGGACGGCAAGUGUCAGGUCUGUGGGAUACAGUGACCUUUUUGUCCUCAGUAAAAAGGACAUGUGGGAUGUCCUCAAGGAAUAUCCCGCUGCUCGAGUGCGAUUGGAAGCGAUCGCUGUUAAAAGAUUGGAGAAAUAUAAGAGGGCACCUUUGGAAAAAGCUGCUAUGGGUAGAAGUCAAUCAACGCCAGGUUUAGUAGAAUCUAGGGGUAAAGUAGCUCUAGAAGAUAUGUGGUUACCUCCAGUUUUACCAAUAUUGACACCAGCUUAUCCCAGAUCUUUAAUUAGUUCACCAUCCAGACUACAUACACCAGACUCUCCGGGGGCCAUUUCUACUAGCAGUGGAAGGAGCGCAAGAAGUCAUCAUAUAGCAGGAUCUCAUCAAAGAUCAGGUACAACUUUGCAAUGUGACAGCAUGACUCAACUUGUGACAGCAUCCGGAGCUACAAGUCCUGUGCUAGGAUCUCAUGAAGCAUUAGAAAGUGAAAUAAAGCGACUUAGAGAACGUUUGCAAACGGUAGAGUCGGAAAACACGGCGAUGAGCAUCAAGCUCAAUCAGCAGCAAUGGGAACUUGAAAACAGAUUAGCGGAAAUCGAAAUGCAAAUUUGUGGAUCAAGGUCGUCAAGCAGUCUAGCAGAAGAAGAAAAUGAACGAAACAGAGAGAGCAUUAUUUAA